GACAGAGAGACAGGCACCAUGUAUCCCUCCCCGUCCUCACUGCUGCUGCUGAUGGUCUCCAGCUCCUGGGCCGCCCACUUCUACGGAGGAACAAUGACCUUCAACCCCAGAGGGAGCAACCCAGACGGAACCUACACGGUGGACCUUCGCUAUAAGACAGGAUUUCACAGCUGCACCUUUUCUGAUACCUGGGUUUGUGUCAGUGGGGACUGUGGGACUCGGACUAGUCUAGCGGUUCAGACAGUGGACCAGGAGAUAUCUGGAGCCUGGUGUCAGACAGAGGGACUCAUGACAAGACACGUCUCCAAUAACACACACACUUUUGAUCUGCGUAUGGAUGGGGGUAACUGGAUAUCCACCAUUAAUAAUGUUUUGGGUUGGAGGCUGUUGACUCAUGUGGAUCUUGGGGUCAGGUCUGACACGGGGAAAGCCAACCGAUCUCCACAGACCACCGUCAUACCUCUGAUGCGUGUCCCAGUCAAUUGUCAUAGAGAUUUCAACCUGUUGUCCUUUGACCCGGACGGGGAUACGGUCAGAUGCAGAUAUGCAGUACCAACAGAUGAGUGUGACACAUCUAGUAACCUUCCUGGUGUUGACUUUACUCUACGAGGGGACUGCACCUUGUCAUUUUGGAGCAACAGUAACACCACUGGAACAUAUGCAGUUCAGAUGAUGAUGGAGGAUUUCCCUACUCAGUCCAUCUCCCUCUCCUAUACCGAUGGCUCUCAAUCUAACAGGACCUCUGGCCAUACACUCAGCAAACUGCCCGUUCAGUUUGCAAUAACAGUCGACCCCGUGGUGCCAUCCUGUACGGAGGGGGUGUACAUACCCAUGUUCCUGUCUCCAACGCCAGCCCAGGGUGCACUGCUCUACGCCUCCGCAGACCAUCCCCUGGAGAUCACUGUCAGAGCACAGGCUACCAACUCCGUGGUUUCAGAGCUGUUGAUGAGUGGACCUGGCUACAUCACAGAGAACACCACUAGCCCAGGAGAGUACCUUCUAAGAUGGACGCCUACUGAUGAUGAGGAGGGAGGGUACUAUCCUGUGUGCUUCAUCACUCAGGGAGUGCUCGGCAGUUCCAGUUAUCACUCUGAGCUGCGCUGUGUGAUCAUCAGCGUUAACUCAAGGGCCAUCACAACCACAGCUGAGCCUACAACCCCCCCUCCUCUGACAACACAACUCACAACCACACCGGUUGCAACUACAUUUCCAACUACCACCCAACCAACUACGGAACUCACAACUUUCAGUACAAACCCAACCACAGAACUCACAACUGACCUCAAAACAUUCAGUGCACGCCCAACAACUGAACUAACAACUGAAUCCACAACUCAGCUUACAACUACCACAGCGCCCACACCUACUGACUUCACAAAUGUCAGUACAAACCCAACCACUGAUCUCACAACCAACGGUGCGGGCAAUACAACAAUGAGUAGUGGGCCUAGAUACAUUGUUGGACUGAGGAUGAAACUCUCCUCUCUGACACCAUUGACAGAUGAUUACAUCAGAGAAAUUGUCUUACAGCAGCUCCGCGAGGAGCUGAUCAGACGAGGGCUGUCAGGGAAUGUCACACUACGCCUGAGAGCCACUCAAGAGAUCAGCCCCUGAGGGAGGAACAGGAAUUCAUCUCAAGUUUCUUGCACUCAAUUGUCUUUUCUUCCCGGCACCGAUUCUGCAGACAGUGGUUAUUUUUGAAAAAGAAGGGUUUACUUGCAAUGACUGUAUAUGGUUGUCUUUUACAAAUCUCUGGUGGACAGACGCAGGUACCCCAAUGGUGGAACAGACGCUGGCACCCCAAUGGUGGAACAAGCUCCCUCACGACG